UUCCAGUGUGGCAUUGGCGCUGCAACAGAGCUGAAGCAAGGUUCAGCUCUGCGUCUGCGAGUCUUCCUCGCACCAACAACAGUGCUACUGACACUGUGUGUUGUAAGAUCGUGUUUAGGGUUUCUCUCCCCAGAAGUCAUACAUCCAUUACGGGCACACGGUCAAGCUGUGAACUGCCAAGACAUGGCUACUGAGAAGAAGAAACCGGAAAGUUUCGGGAAACGAAACGCUUUGCUUGAUAUUGAGUUUGAGGCACAGCGCAAGUGGGAGGACGAGCGUUUGUUCCAGGUGGAUGCUCCUCAGGCUGACAGCACGGAAGACGAGCAAGAGAAGUACUUUGCUACUUUCCCAUAUCCGUACAUGAAUGGAUGCCUCCACCUUGGACACACAUUCUGCAUAUCCAAGGCUGAGUUUGCUGUUGGCUACCAACGCCUGAAGGGCAAGAAAUGUCUGUUUCCGUUCGGCUUCCACUGUACUGGCAUGCCCAUACCGGCAUGCGCCGACAAGCUGAAAAGAGAAAUGGAUGAGUAUGGCUAUCCACCCAACUUUCAAACUGCAGCAGACGAGGCCUCCACUGGCACUGAAUCGCAGCCUGCUGAUGACGUUGUUGAGCCACAGUACACAGAAGAACCCAAGAAGUAUGUCAAGAAGCCCAAGUCCAAGGUGCAAGCCAAGUCAGGUGUCUGCAAGUUCCAGUGGGAGAUCAUGCGAUCCCUGGGUCUCAGUGAUGAGGAAAUCAAGAAAUUCGUGGAUGCCAAACAUUGGCUAAGGUACUUUCCCCCGGUUGCAAAGAGUGACCUGAAGAGCAUGGGGAUCAAGGUCGACUGGAGACGAUCAUUCAUCACAACCGAUGAAAACCCCUACUAUGACACGUUUGUCAAGUGGCACUUCCUGCGCUUGAAGGACCGUGGCAAACUGGAGUACGGGGAUCGCUACACCAUUUACUCACCUCGAGAUGGUCAGCCAUGUAUGGACCAUGACCGCGCCAGUGGAGAAGGUGUCGAUGGCCAGGAAUACACGCUGAUCAAGAUGAAGGUGCAAGAGCCACUCCCAGAGAAACUGGCGUUUGCCGGUCAGAAGCCUGUUUUCCUUGUUGCUGCUACCCUGCGUCCUGAGACAAUGUACGGGCAGACGAACUGCUGGAUGCAUCCUAACAUCAAGUAUGUUGCCUUUGAGAAUGCCGAUGGUGAGAUCUUCGUGAGCACGCAUCGCGCUGGACGCAACAUGGCCUACCAGAAGAUCUUAUCGAGGGAGGCAGCUGAGUUCGGAAAACUGGACAUCUUGGCAGAAAUCGAGGGCAAGGAUUUGCUAGGUGUGAAGCUGUCUGCACCGAGGACUAAGUACGGGACGGUGUACACACUGCCCAUGAUGACCAUCAAGGAAAACAAGGGCACUGGCGUGGUGACAUCUGUACCGUCUGACUCACCUGAUGACUAUGCCGCUCUACGAGAUCUGAAGAGGAAGGAGGGUCUUCGCCAAAAGUUUGGGAUCACAGAAGAGAUGGUGGACUUUGAGCCGAUUCCCAUCAUUGACAUUCCAGGCUUUGGCGAGCUGGCAGCAAAGACGGCUUGUGAAAUGUUCAAGGUCAACAGCCAGAACGACACCAAGCAGCUGGCUGAAGCCAAGGAGAAGACCUAUCAGAAAGGCUUCUAUGAAGGUGUUAUGGUGACUGGAGAGUGCAAAGGAAUGAAGGUGCAGGAUGCCAAGGAGAUUCUCAAGAAGUCGCUGGUGAAGGAGAAUCAAGCCCUGGUCUACUAUGAACCCGAGAGGCUGGUCGUGUCUCGCUCCGGGGAGGAAUGUGUUGUGGCAAAGUGUGACCAAUGGGUGCUGCAAUAUGGAGACGAGCAGUGGAAGCAACAAGCCAGGGAUGUCUUGGCACAGCUUGAGACAUACUCUGAAGAGACAAGACAUAACUUUGUCAAGACACUAGACUGGCUGCAUGAUCACGCAUGCGCCAGGAUCUAUGGCAUGGGUACCAGAUUGCCAUGGGAUGAGACAGCAAUCAUCGAGUCUCUGUCAGACAGUACAAUUUACAUGGCUUACUACACAGUGGCUCAUUUCUUGCAAAGUGUGGUUGAUGGCUCGAAGCCUGGCCUUGGCGAUAUAAGACCAGAGCAGAUGACACCAGAAGUUUGGGACCAUAUCUUCUAUGAGGACAAGCCGGCACCCCAGGACUGCACGAUUCCAGUGGAUACUCUUCAGAAAAUGCGCAACGAAUUCCGUUACUUCUACCCACUGGACUUGCGCGUAUCUGGCAAAGACCUUGUUCCCAAUCACCUGACCUACUUCAUGUACAAUCAUGGCGCUAUCUGGCCGGAGCAGCCUGAUCGGUGGCCAAAGUCAGUGCGGGCCAAUGGACACUUGCUUUUGAAUUCGGAAAAGAUGGCCAAGUCCACGGGAAACUUCUUGACUCUGCACGAGGCCGUGGAACGCUUCUCUGCUGACGGAAUGCGUUUUGCGCUGGCUGAUGCUGGUGAUGGCAUUGAGGACGCCAACUUUGUGGAGGAAACCGCCGACAAUGGUAUUUUACGUCUUCAUGCACAGAUUGAGUGGACAAAGGAAGUGCUCGCUAACAUCAACUCUCUGCGAACCGGAGCGGCAGACCUGUUCAUGGACCAGGUCUUUGAGACUGCCAUCAACAAUAGCAUUCAGCUGACUGAUGAAAGCUACAGGAAAAUGCUGUACAGGGAGGCUCUCAAAUACGGCUUCUUUGAACUUCAGUCGGCCAGAGACCAGUAUCGUGACAUGGCUGCUGCAUCUGGUGAUAAAGGAAUGCACAGGGAUCUCAUACUGCGAUUCAUUGAGGUCCAAUGUUUGUUGCUUGCUCCGUUUUGUCCACAUGUCUGUGAGCACAUCUGGGAAUUGCUCGGAAAGGAAGGCAGCAUCAUGCAUGCUCGAUGGCCUGUGGCAGGUCAGAUAGAUGAUCUGAAGCUUGCCGAAACGCAGUAUCUGCAGUCGGUUCUGCAUGAUUUCCGCACACGCAUCGAAGGAGCAAUCAGCACCAAGGCCAAGAAGGACAAAUCCGGUCACGUGGCAGGCAUGAAAUACACCAUCGGUGCCACUAUCUACAUCUCCAACGAGUAUUUGCCAUGGCAACAGGAUAUUUUGAAAUACCUAAAGGAAGUGUACACCGAGGGAAAUGGCAAAUUUCCAGAGAACAAGACUAUGUACGGGCAGCUGACCAAUAUUGAUGGUAUGAGCAAGUAUGCCAAGAAAGUCAUGCCGUUUGUUGAAUACAUGAAGGACCAAACAGCGAAGCAUGGCGUGUCUGCACUCAAUCUGUCCACUGAAUUUGACGAGGAGAAGUUGCUUGCGAUGAAUAUGCCAUACCUGAAAAAGGCGCUAGAGGUGGAGGAGGUUCACGUUUUGCCCAGCAGCCAAGCGGAUGGCAAAGUACAGGACAACUGCUAUCCGGGGCAGCCAUUCAGCUCGUUUGCCAUCGAGGAAAAGCCGCAUGUGGUGGUGACUUUUGUCAGUCGACAGUCAACUGGAGCGGAUACCAAGCCACUAAGCCUGCCAUUGUUCAAUGGUGAUACUAUCAUGGCCGUGUCACGCCGCAUUAUCAAGCAAGACAGCUCUCUAUCUCAGUAUGCCCAGCACAUCACACUGUGGAAGAGCAGCGACUCAACCGCCGCUGCUGGUACUGAACAGCCUGAUGGUGCGCAAACCGCGGUGCCAAGCAAAGGCGUUUUCUCGAUCGACGACAGCUCGAACACCGCUCUUUGUCAGGAGACCCUGUCGGACGGAAAUCUCGGCGAGGCAAUCCCAAUAGGCACCCGCAUGUUCUAUUCAACGUGAUCCACUGAGUGAGAACAUGAACACACCACCGCCUCUCUGCUGGAUGCCAUUCAGGGAGAUAGUCACUGGUGAUAUUUGAGGUGUAGGGCAGAGAGAUAUCACCGAUCACGUACUCAGAGUUUUCACCACAUUUCAAAACAUUCUGUGCUGUUCCCGCCGGUUCAUUCAUGUGUGGACAGGCAAUUUUUUCGUAUCAGGAACUUCUUGUGCACAGUAUUGGUAUGCAUCCGCCAGGUUGUACGUAUUCCGCUUUGCCGGCGCCGCUGCUUUCAGACUACAUGCACCACUGUCUGAGGUUUGCGCAUUCAUGUUAGUUUGCUGUAUAUAACGUACUACCCUGAACUUAUAUGUACCAUAGGAUUGCGGUACUGAACGGAUGUGAAAGGUAGCAAAUGCUUCAAUCUUUGGUUCUGUCUCAGCACAUGCACACUGCCACUGGUACGCUUGCUCAUUUGCUUUUUGUUUAUACAUGCACAUGCACAUGCACAUCACCGCCACCGCCGCCGCACACAUUAAUUUUGUCUGAGUAUCUUCAAUCAUGGCGCAGGCUUUCAGGCUGCAGCGUCUCGUUACAACGGUGGCAGACGGUAAAAUUGCAUCUUCCUCUCAACAUUUAUAAUAUUUCUAGUGUAACUGAGUAACGUUAGUUACUACAACAACAAGUAUAAUAAAAUUAAUUAUGCAUAAGACCGGUUUCAAGAAAUAUAGCCGUAGUGCACACUGA